ACCCGAAUAAACAAAACCCCCAUUGGCCCUGCAACUCUCUCGAUAAACCUUCUUCCACCGCCUCACGCAUCUCCACGCCCUAUUUUGUUUUCUGGGUUAAACUUUCACAUAAAAUAAAAAAAAGUGUUUCGAUUCAUAAUUCGUAUUCUAUAAUUUUCUGUAUCUGAGAUAGACGAUUGUUCUGGUGCUCUCUGAGCCUCUGUCCCCUCCUCGCAUGGACAGCCGUUACUCAUCCCCAUCCAUCUCAACGGCGGCAGGGAGGCGAUGAGGGAGAGCGGCGGUGAGCGCAGAGGCGGUGGAGGAGUGGCAUUGGGUGGUAAUUUAUUGUCGCGUUUAGGGGUUAAUUGUUGGAUGAUAUGGGCUGUGGCAGCUCCAAAGUAGACGACUUGCCGUUGGUGAAGCUCUGCAGGGAGCGGAGGGACUACAUCAAAACGGCGUCGGAUACCCGCUACGCCUUGGCCGCGGCCCACCUGACUUAUUUCCUGUCUCUCAAGCAAAUCGGCGACGCGCUUUGCAAGUUCGUCGACGAGGACCUCGUCAUCGGCGGCGAGUCGCUCUCCCCGCCGGAUUCCCCCGUCCUGACUUUGCCGUCCGACGAGGGCAAGCCCGGGAAAGGGAAGGGGAAAAGCUCGUCGUCGUCUUCGAUUUCGCUCACGCAUAGCCUCGAGGACGCUGAAGACUCUCACUUGCAUUUGUCGGAUACGGAUUCGGACUCGGAGUCGGGCCAUAUCCACAUUGAGAGUAGCCCCGAGGCGGAGGUACCGUCUUCUUCUUCUUCUAAUUAUCAGCCUCCGAGCUUCGUUUACUCUCCGAAUUCCUCCGGUAAUGUUUACCCUCCCAAUUCGUUUGGUUUCGGGUCGUCUGGUUAUGGUUACGACCCGAAUCAGCCCGGGUAUGGUUAUGACCCGAAUUCGUUCUUCGGGAAUAACCAGAACCCGAAUAUCGGAACUUACCAGAAUUCGAGCAUGUAUUACAUGAGAAGAUCAGAGACACCGGCGCAGACGUUUUAUUACGGAGAGCCGGAGAGAUUUCCGGUCCAAAAUGGGCCGCCGUCGGGUUACGGAGGAGGAGGCGGGUUUUUCGGGUAUCCGAUGGGCUCACCGGCGGCGAGGGAGGAUCCGUAUAAUGCGCCGCGGAGGUCGGAACCUCCACCGGAGCCGCCUUCGCCGCCGAAAGCUUCAGCCGGGUGGGAUUUCUUCAAUGUGUUUGAUAUUUAUGACAAUGGUGGGGGUUACUCGAGUUAUUUUCCAGGGAGUAAGUAUGGGAGUAGGAAUGGGAGCUCAGCGGCGAGUAGUCCUGACUCGAAGGAAGUGAGGGAGAGGGAGGGGAUACCGGAGUUGGAGGACGAGACGGAGCAAGAGCUGGAAGUGUUGAAGGAGGUGAGGAAGGAGAAGAAGAAGGCCAAUGAGGAUAGUACAUUUCAUAGGAACUAUAAUGCAGGUGAAGGGACUUCUAGGAAUAGGAAUUUGCAGCAGGAUUCGGGGGAAGGGACUUCUAGGGGUGUGCCGAAGCAGACCAGCAGUGAGGGGAGCUCGGGGACGGUUCACUUGCACAGCAGCGAGAGUUCGUUGCACUCGGUUCAUGAGAAGGAGAUAAAGAGCAGUCCUGAUGUGGAAGUGCCGAAGAUGUUUGAGGAGCAGGUGAAGAAAAAGAGGGUGAGCUUUGAGUUUGAGGAGGCAUCGACUAUGGAUAUUGGAUCUUCGAAAGGGAGUAGCUUGACCACAUUGUCUGUUCAUGGUACGAGGGAGGUUCAGGAGGUUGUGCAGGAAAUCAGGGAUGAGUUUGAGACUGCCUCUAGCUUUGGGAAAGAGGUUGCUGUGUUGCUUGAGGUGGGGAAGCUGCCUUAUCAGUCCAGAGUUGCUGCUCUUAAAGUGAUCUUUUCCAGGAUCCUGUGCGUUGUAGCACCUCCAUCACAGUCAUCAAUCAGAAUGUCUUCUAAGAUGAUAAAGAUGGCCAAAGGUUAUCGUGGAGAACCUGGGAAAGAUAUUAACCUGAAGUCUGGGAACCUUUCAUCGACUUUGGAGAAACUUUAUGCCUGGGAGGAAAAGCUUUACAAAGAAGUUAGGGAUGAAGAAAAGCUACGUGUUGUUUACGAAAAGGAGUGCAAGAGACUGAAAAAACUAGAUGCAGCUGGAGCUGAGUCAGUUAAAAUUGAUGCUGCACAGGCUUCUGUACGAAAUUUGAAUACAAAGAUUAAUGUUUGUAUCAGAGCUGUGGAUACCAUAUCAAGAAGAAUACAUAAGUUGAGGGAUGAAGAAUUACUGCCCCAAGUAUCGGACUUAAUUCACGGAUUGAUAAGAAUGUGGAAAUGCAUGCUCAGUUGCCACCAGAAACAGCUUCAAGCUAUUAUGGAGAGCAAAAUACGUUCCCUAAAGGGGAAUGCCAGCCUUCGGAAAGAUUCUGGUUUGAAAGCUACUCUUGAACUUGAAAUGGAGCUUUUGAGUUGGUGUACUAGCUUUAAUAAUUGGGUUAACGCCCAGAAAUCUUAUGUACAGUCCUUGAAUGGCUGGCUCUUAAGGUGCAUCAGUAGUGAACCUGAAGAAACUCCCGAUGGAGUUGCCCCGUUCUCCCCGAGUCGGAUGGGAGCUCCUCCAAUUUUUGUGAUAUGCAACGAUUGGUUCCAAGCAAUGGAAAGAAUUUCACAGCAAGCAGUGGCAGAUGCUAUGUAUGAUUUCGCGACAACCUUACAUCAGUUAUGGGAUAAGCAGGAUGUGGUGCAACGUCAGAGGAUAAAAGCAGAAAACCUCUCCAAGGAUUUAGAGAACCAACUUAAGAAACUGGGCAUGGAUAGGAUGAGAAGGGAGCAUGGCCAUGAAGCAUUAUCAGAAAAAUCUACUCGCUCAAAGUCUACUUCUGAAAGUGGAGUUUCAGCACUGGAUGAUCUAAAAGUGGAUUUGGAUUCAAUGAGGCAGAGAUUUUCCGAGGAAAAGAGAAGGCACAAAGAUGCCAUCAAAGAGGCCAACAGUGCUGCUUCCAAUAGUUUGCAGAUGGGUUUGAUCCCCAUAUUUGAGACUUUGGGUAGUUUUACUUCAGAGGCUUUGAAGGUUCACGAGCAGGUGAGAGUUCAAAAUGUCGGAGGCUCAUAGCUUAGGUCCUUAUUUAUAUGUACAGUCAGUUCAGUUCAGUUCAGUUCCUUUAGAUUGAUACAUCUAGAAUUGUAAGAUUAGCUGAGAAGAGAUAAGGGCACUAGAUAUAGAAGAUGCUUAUUAGAAGAAAUGGUAGGGUUUUAGAAUCCCUUGGGUUGCCUGGAAGUUGAUUCAUUUCGCAUUUUGACUUGAUCUCUAGUUCUCCAACAACCCCUUUUAGCAGAUAGCUACUUUGUACAGAAAAUCAAAAAUUCAUUCAUUGGUUGAUUUGUUCUCAGGUGGCUGUUUUGUG